AUGGGGAAAACACAAGCCUUUGGGAGGACCCUUGGAUUAAUGAGAAACCGGCUAGGCCACUCACUGCUUCUCGCUGCUUACAUGGUAGCAAUCAGAUACAGACAUCUAGCAAAGGAUGGCUCCUGCCCCCGCUGUGGUGCCAGCAAAGAGACGGCAAAUCAUUGGGCUCUUAACGCUUCAGACGGUAAUCCUUACCUAAAGCUAGGACCAUGGAUCAUGUGGAGACUGUGGAAGAGCCGAAAUGCUUUCUAUUAUAGAGGAGAGGAUUAUGAGCCAUCCAGUGUCAUUUUAAAGGCGCAAGAAGAUCUUGAUGAAUGGAAUAGUCGGGAUGAUUUGGAAGAAAAGGCAGUGAACACAGUUCCGGAGAUGAGAGGAGAGGAAAGAUGGACACCACUACCACACGAAUGGCUGAAGUGUAACAGCGAUGGAGCCUGGGACAAACGAAGGAGCACAGUGGUGUUGGAUGGGUCUUGA